CACGACGCAAGACUCGAAAUAAAAAUUGUAAUACUUCUUUGAUUAGUUUGAAACAACUACAAGGAUAUCAUGGCUGAAACUGAUGUCAAGCAGUUCCUGUAUGCCUGGCUGGGUAAAAAGAAGAUGACUCCAAGCUAUGAAAUAGAUUCUGGUGGUCCUAAGCACAGGAUGAGGUUUAAAUGUGAGUUGCGUGUACCGGGAUAUGACUAUGUCGCGGUUGGAAACUCAACCAGUAAGAAAGAUGCUCAAGCAAAUGCAGCGAGAGACUUCUGUCAGUUUCUUGUUCGUCAAGGAGACAUGGGUGCCAAGGAGGUGCCUGGUAUUUCAGUUACACCAAUGGAAAUAACACCCAAAUCUGAGAUGGGUGGAGAUGGAGGCGGAGGCAUGACUUCUCUACCUGGAGGCCGUGUGAUGCCCCACCAGUCAUUAGGGUUAGAAACUCGUGGGGGCAUGGGAGGCCCUCCUCGGGAGUUCCCAGUAUAUCAGAGAGGCCCUCCACAGGAGUACCUGGAUAUGAUCAACAGAAAGAAAGUGGAAGAUUCUGAAGAUGUUGACAUGAAUGCAGAGAUCCAUGGCAACUGGACGAUGGAGAAUGCAAAAAGUCGACUUCACCAGUUCUUGCAGAUGAACAAGAUUCAAUCAGAUUACAAAUAUUCUGUUGUUGGUCCUGAUUUUAACAGAAGCUUUAUAGCUGAGAUGAAGUUCUAUGUCAAGAAGAUAAACCAAACUAUUCAUGCUCGUGAACACGGCUCCAACAAGCAGAUAGCAUCGAAAUCCUGUGCCCUGUCCCUGGUUCGGCAGCUGUUCCAUAUGAAAGUCAUUGAACCAUUCACAGGCAUUAAGAAGAAGAAGGAAAUGGAGAAGAUAGAAAGUUAUGAUGUUGCUAUUAGUCCAGACCUGAACAGUCAGAUUGACAGCGUCCUGCAUCAGUGGGGAAUUCAACCACACAACAUGAAUGAAAUUUCGCAACAGUCAGGCUUAGAUGAUCAAGGUGAAGUGUUCUCACUUCUGACCCAUACAUCCCUGGAGGAGUUUGAACCAGCUACCAAACGAAGUGCUCCCGGUGUGGUAUCCUGGUCGCCACCUCAACAGAACUGGAAUCCUUGGAUUGGAGCCAAUAUUGAUGAUGGACCCCUUGCCUUGGCCUCUCUGGAGCAUAUUAGUCAAGAUUUGUACAGUAACAUGGAGAGACAGAGAACAGAGGAUCAGUUUUUACAGGAGAUGCUACAAACACGCCAAGGACUGCCAGUGUUCCAGACACAUGAUCACAUCCUCCAGAUGAUCCAAGAGAAUCCAGUCAUCAUCAUCCGGGGCGAGACUGGAUGUGGCAAAACUACACAGGUUCCCCAGUUUAUCCUGGACCAGUAUAUCAUGGAAGGGAGAGGAGCAGAGUGUGGUAUCAUCAUCACUCAGCCUCGGAGAAUUAGUGCCAUAUCGAUAGGUGAGAGAGUUGCCAAAGAGCGAUCGGAAGACCUCGGCGUGUCUGUUGGAUACAGUGUCAGGUUUGACUCCGUUCUACCCCGGCCAUAUGGAGCUAUACUCUACUGCACAGUUGGAACACUGUUGAGACGGUUGGAAGGUGGCUUGAGGGGCGUGUCCCAUGUUCUUGUUGAUGAGAUUCACGAGAGAGAUAUCAAUACUGAUUUUCUUCUAGUUUUACUGCGAGAUAUGGUCCGAGCCUAUCCACAGCUCCGAAUAAUUCUCAUGUCUGCAACCAUUGAUACCACUCUGUUCUCGGACUACUUUGGAAACUGUCCUAUUGUGGAGGUGUAUGGACGUGUUUUCCCUGUCCAAGAGUAUUAUUUGGAAGACUGUAUACAGAUGUUGAACUUCAUGCCGACUCCAAAUGAAAAAAAACGUAAAAGUGGCAAUCGAGAUAAAGAUGAUGGAUUUCCAGAAGAGGAUCAAGAGGAAAACUGUAACCAAAUAAUCAGUGCAGAUUACUCUCAGUCAACUAAAGCUGCCAUGGCGAUGCUCAAUGAAAAAGAGCUUUCUUUUGAACUUGUUGAGGCAAUAUUGCGCUAUCUGAAAGAACUGAAAAUUCCGGGAGCCGUGUUGGUGUUUCUGCCAGGCUGGAAUCUCAUAUUUAUGCUGCAGAAGUACUUAGAGGCCACUCCAGAAUUUGGUUCUGCUAGAUACAGAAUCCUCCCACUGCACUCUCAGAUUCCCAGAGAAGACCAGAGAAAGGUCUUUAACCCUGUGCCUGAAGGAGUAACUAAGGUUAUUUUGUCAACAAAUAUUGCAGAAACCAGUGUGACAAUUGACGAUGUUGUCUAUGUGAUCGACUUCUGCAAAGUGAAAAUGAAGUUGUUUACGUCUCACAACAACAUGACAAACUAUGCAACUGUGUGGGCGUCGAAGACAAACUUGGAGCAGCGGCGAGGUAGAGCAGGGAGAGUUCGACCAGGAUUUGCCUUUCAUCUGUGUAGCAGAGCCAGGUUUGAAAGACUGGAUCAACACACCACACCAGAAAUAUUCCGCACCCCUCUUCAUGAACUUGCACUGGCAAUAAAACUGCUUCGUCUUGGAUCGGUGGAGAAUUUCCUGGCAAAAGCUGUAGAACCUCCACCUAUAGAUGCUGUGGUGGAAGCAGAAGCUCUUCUGAGAGAAAUGAGAGCCUUGGACAGCAAUGAUGAACUAACUCCACUGGGCAAGAUUUUGGCUAAGCUGCCCAUAGAACCCAGACUUGGCAAAAUGAUAGUUUUUGGAUGUCUUUUCUAUGUUGGAGAUGCCAUGUGUACAAUAGCAGCCAGCACAACCUUCCCGGAACCUUUUAUCGUGCCUACAGAUCGCAGACGUCUCGGAUGGAUGCACAAGAGUUUGGCUGGCAACAGAUUCAGUGAUCAUGUUGCUCUCCUCAAUGCUUUCCAGCUGUGGGAAGAAGCAAGAUGUGGUGGUGAUCAGUCGGAGAUGUACUUCUGUGACACAAAGAGUCUGUCAAUGGUGACUUUGCGAAUGACCUGUGAAGCAAAGAAUCAGCUUCGAGAUAUUCUGGUGAAUUCUGGUUUUCCAGAAGAUUGUCUCCUACCCACAUCAUUCAACUUCACAGGCCCCGACAACAGACUGGAUGUGGCCAUUUCACUACUUUGUAUGGGUCUCUACCCUAAUGUUUGCUACCACAAAGAAAAGAGGAAAGUCAUUACAACGGAGGGGAAAUGUGCUCUCGUGCACAAAUCAUCAGUCAACUGUACGAACUUUGAAACAAGAUUUCCCUCGCCUUUCUUCAUAUUUGGAGAAAAAAUCCGGACUCGAGCUGUGUCAUGCAAACAGAUGACGAUGGUGUCACCCCUGCAGUUGCUGCUGUUUGCAUCACGAUCAGUGACUGUCCAGAAUGACGAGAUUGUUCUGGACAACUGGAUUAAUCUUAAGCUCGAUUUUGAAAUUGCUGCUAAAGUGGUUGCUCUGCGCCCAGCCCUGGAAGCCCUGAUUGUCCGCUCCACCAAGAGUCCGGAAGGAGUCUCGGAGCCAGGCCCUCAGGAGGAGGUACUGCUUGCUGUGAUACGGUCUCUGUCGCGGCCACAAGCUGGCAGAUACAAUCUGUCACAAGAGAGUGGUGAAAAUAGGAGGGGUCCCCCUUCUAAGUUUGCAAGGACAGGAGGAUUUGGUGGAGGUGGUCAUGGUGGAUACGGUGGUGGUGGAGGAUAUGGUGGAGGCCGCGGAGGAUAUGGAGGUGGAGGAUAUGGCGGUGGAUCUGGAAGAGGAGGCUAUGGGGGUGGUAGAGGAGGUGGAUUUGGAGGAGGCAGAGGAGGAUUUGAUGGAGGAGGUGGAUAUGGAAGAGGCAGAGGAGGCUCUGGUGGAGGAUUUGGAGGAGGCUCUGGUGGAGGAGGCUCUGGUGGAGGAUUUGGAGGAGGAGGCUCUGGUGGAGGAGGAUUUGGAGGAGGAGGCUCUGGUGGAGGAUUUGGAGGAAGCUCUGGUGGAGGAUUUGGAGGAGGUCGUGGUGGUUUCAGGGGAGGUCGUGGUGGUUUUGGAGGAGGACAGGAAGGAUUUGGAGGAGGUGGAUCUGGAUUUGGAAAUAGUAAUUGAAUAAACAAUUAUAUGGGCUGAACUUUGAAUACAGUGGAAAAUAAAGAACAAUAUUGUUUUUCUACAACAAAGGUUUAAACUUGAAGCUUACAUAGUUAGCCUUUUAGCCCUUAGAACUAUGUGUUAUCUUUCCCAAGUAAAAACUUUUAUUUAUUAAUGUAGCUGCAAACAGAUGAUUAUGGAUUCUGAUGACAUUACAUUUCUUAUUGUCAUGUCUGUUCUUUUAUUGAAAAAGACUGUGUUACAGAACUUGACAGUGGAGUGUCCUUUAAUUAAACACAGUUCUUUUGUUACAUGUUAAUUGUCUUGUUGUUACAGCUGUUUCUUGUUCAUGGUUUCAUGUCUUUACUAGAUGAAUGUUCGUGCCAUAGAGCAAAGAUAGGUGUUGUAAUCCUUUGCUUUUAAUGGACAGUGUUGAGUCUGUGCUUUCUUUCGAAACACAACUAUUGAUUUUUAUGAUUAUGUGUUCUCAGUUAAUUUGUAUACUGGACAGAUGCGUAGCCUGUUAAUAUACGAAAUAAAAAAGAUACAGAUUUAUUAACAGGUGGCAGAGUCGAGAAAAAAAAGUUUGCAAAGAAAUUUGCAUAACACAUAAAAUUUUGUAUCAUUCAACAAAGACAUCAUGAAGUCUACUAUAUUACAUUAUAUAUAAUGUACACAACUAUUGACAGAAAUCGGAGAACAUUGUUUUAAUGGAGGUUAUACAUAGAGAAUACUAAAUGUCAUUGACUUAGGCCUAUUGCCUGUGCCAAUCCACUUCAUUUAUUGAAUAAAUAUUGUUUAAAAAAGAAGUUCCCAUGAGAGACCAUUUAUAUUGCAAGUGUUUUCAGUGGUACAUCAUGUGUGAAAGCAAGUGAUGUACAAUUGAAAAUAUGUGAGUUGUAAUGUAAAUGGAAUAUUUUGAGACAACAUCUAGUAAAUCAGAAUGAUCCAUAAAAAAUUUAGAAACUGGGAUAUAUAAUAAUAUUAUUAAGAAGAAUGUAAAAAAAAAAUUGAUCUAGUUUUAAAAACGUAGAUAAAUUUGAUCUAGAAGAAUUUUUUUUUAAAAGCAGUAAUGGUUAUUUCAAUAUUUUAGAUCCGUAUAUUGUGUUUUAAGCUAUAAAUUUUACAAGUAUGGUAGUAUAAAUUUGAGUUGGAUGCAUAAUAAUUAAUUAAGUGCAUUUUUAAUUCAACAUUUUAAAAAUGGCUAAACCAAUCAUUUACAUUUGUGUACUGCUUUAUCUUGAACAGUUCUUUUAUGUUGGUUCACAUUCCACACUGAUAAUAGGUUACUGUUUGGUUUUUUUCUUUAAAAAUAGCUAAGAUACAUGAGUUUUCAAACUAUGUGUUUAAUGUUAAGUAAAAUAUACUGACUGCUAGGACAUAACAGUUAGGUAUUUUGUCAAAAUUGUGAAUCUUCUCUAAUUGGAAUUAUUGAAUACUUACUGUGUCAUGUGACAGUUAUUAGUCCCCUACUGGUCCAACCAGAGGGGACUGUAGCUUUUUUCUUCUUCUGUCCAUUUGUCCCACAUUUAUUUUUCAGACCUUGUUUUUUAAUGUUGAAAGUUUUUGUCUAGCUUUGUCAUGUUGAAUUACGGCUGCCUUUCCAGUAGUGUGGUUUUAGCUGUGGCAGUCUCUGCCACCAAGUAGUAAAAAUCGAAUCAGUAGAUUUGUACGGACAUCUUUCCGUUGACAUGGGUGCUAGCCAUGUGGCAAAAAACCCCAUUGAUUAUGUUUAGAAUAUUUUCCCAGCUGUGCGGCUAGAACUGCAAGGGUAGUCCAUGAAAUUACAUCAUAUGGAAGGAACCGCAUCAUAACAAUACUUCAAUAGAAAUGUGCUAACCAUGUAGAUAGCACUGCACUAAUGGAAGGCAGCUUUACAGAUCAAGCUGGAGUUUCAUUUUCCCAUUUAUGACCAUUGAACUAUGUGAUAUUACAAAUGUCAGAAAUGUUAUAUUCAUAUAUUGCAUAUUUAUGAACAUUUGUUGGGUCCAACAGUGGAUGUAAUACUCUCAGAAUGCUUGUUAAACGUAAUUGCACUGUUUAAUUUUGACUGUUUUCACACAUAAAAUUUGAACAUAUCUCUUGAAAUGGUCUUAUUGAAAAAUGUUUAAGUGAAUAAAAGUAUGACCAGAA